AUGGAUUUAAUUUUUUCUGAUGAAGACAUAGAUUUAGAAGUUGCUGAGAAUGAGCUUAACCACCGAUUGCCUCAAGAGUUUAAUGGCACAAUGGCAGUAUGUGGACCCGACACAUACAUAUACUAUGCUUCGACGAACAGUCCAGGAAGAUGGCAUGAUGCACAUGUUAUAAGAAAUUCUAAUCUUUGGAACAUAUUCGAAAAUGGAGAGCUUCCUUUUAAUGGUGCUGUGAUUUUGGCGGACUCAGCUUACCCAUGUCGAAAAUGGUUAAUUCCACCUUUUCCCGGUGAUCCAGACGGUGCACAAAAACGUUUCAACAUUGCGUAUAGGAAAACCAGAAGCAUAAUUGAGCGUUGUUUUGGUAUUGUCAAAGACAGGUUCUAUGCUUUGAAAACAGGAAUUCACUUGCAUAAGGUUGAAGAUGCCUCUAAGCUCAUCAUGUGUGGAUUUGUUAUCCAUAAUCUAUGUCUUCGAUAUGGAGAUAACGAUAAUGAUUUUGAAAAAUGCGACGAAGAACAAGCUUCUGAAAAUCUAACUCAAGCAGAUCAAAAUGAUGGAGCUUUUAAUAGACGAAAUCAACUUCUUAAUAACUUUACUUAA